AUGGCGCGGACGUCUGAGGAUCUGCAGGCCCAGAGCGUCUGCGACAGCCUCCAGGCGAAGGGGUUGCUGGCGAGAGUUGACUGGGUCUCCUCGUUCGCGAGGUCCGCGGCGCUUUCUUCUGUGUCUGUUUCUUCUUUCUCAAGUUCUUCCAGCACCAACAGCGACGUGCAGCCCCUGCCUUCGCGUGCUCCGCGCGCCGCGCUCAGCGAAGAGCGCGUCGGCGACGCCUUUCUGCGCUCGGACUUCUCCCAGAGCGCCUCCCCCUCGUUGCCGUCGGGUGUCUGUACACUCGAGCGCGGCCGGCUGGAGGGCGUCCACCUGGUCGAGGUUGUGGAGGCGGUGAACAUUAGCGAGUCGCGGAAGGCGCGAACCAAGUUGGCGCCCAGCGAGCAUCGGUGUCUGAAGCUGAUUCUCUCUGACGGCCACGAGACGCUCGCUGCUGUCGAGUACCGCAAAAUCGCCGCCUUCUCCGCAACUACCCUCCAACGAGGAGCGAAGCUCCUUCUCUUUGGCGCACCCGAAGUCCGCCGAGGUCUCGUCCUGCUCCAGGAAGCGAACGUGCGAGUGGUGUGGGGCGGGGCCGACGAAGGCGAAGCUGAGGGCGCGAACGCGGGAACCGGUGCGCCGCGUGACGCAGGAGAACCGAAACACGAACAUACAGAAAAACGAACAGACACGAGAGAAACGGAAGAGGCAAAUUCAAAGGCCCAGCCGUGGAGGCCUGAUCGUGGCCAACCAAGUUUCGGGGAACGCGCUCGGGUCGGAGGGGUGGCGAGCGGCAGCGCGCGAGCCGGUUUCUCAGAAAGCCGCUCGUGCGUCUCGGGGGGAGGUUCAGUGGCUUCGCCCCUGUUUUCAGAGAGCUUCACGGGCCAGCUUAGAAACGCGGAAACGGCUCAAACAGCGAACGCGCGAGGGGGCCUCGGCUCGGGUGUACGUCCACCGCGGGGGCGAGGUGUCUGUGGCGCGGGCGCUGGGGGGCUGGGAACGGCAGGAGAGCAACCCACCGGGUUUUCGUCCUUUUCUGGGACUGCAGCAACUCAGACGCGCGCGGAACAGGAUCUCCGCGCAGCGGUCGAGAUCGAUGAGCUCGCAGAGCUCGAUAUCGAGGACUUGGAGGCCCUGGCUGUCUCGGCAGACCCCUCCGGUGUACAUAGAGCUCGGGGGCUAGGGGGGGACGCCCAGGCGAGGCGCGGGAUCCCGGAGAGGAUCAGAAAGACGUCACCUGCGAAACGCGACAGCUGUGACUCUGUUUUUUUCGUCGACAUCCAGGAGACGGAUUUGGCGCCCACCGCGGCGUCUUCUGUCGACAAAAAACAAGGGUACCUAUCGCCACUCUCCGUGGCGUCAUCGUCUCCUGUUGUUACCUCUCGGAAGGCUUCUCUCCCAUCGAAUCCGUCAUGUCGUCCCGACGAAACCCUCCACUCGCCUUCUUCGUCCCCUUCUUCCUCUUCUCGCUCUUGCUCCACUUCCUCCGCUGUCUCCGGUGUGUCUGUGUUUCGUCGGGUGUCCGUACACACGGAGCGAGGUCGUUUUCGCAGUUUCGAAGAGGAGAGCGCAGUCGCCGAAGACGCAGAAAAACGCGGCAUCUGCGAGGCGCAAGCACCAGAGACCAAGUGGAUCUUCGCGGGAGUCACGGCGGCGAAGCUGGUGGCGAACAGGUCAGACUGUGAGCAGACUGAGACCAGGAGGCGGCGGCCAGCUGGAAAUCUGGCGACUGCUCUGGGGAGCCCCUCCCCGACCCCUGGGCUCGGGUGGACAGACACCGCAGCGGGAGUCUGGCGGCUGCAGCUGUCUGACGGGGCCGCCGGCCAAACAGCGUUCGUCGGCAGCGCCGUUUUGCCUGCGUUGCUUCUUCCGUCCGGGCCCCGCACUCAGUCUCGAGUCUGUCCUUCUCUCCACGCCGUGCUUGCGGACAGAGAACAGGUCAAGCGCAGUCUCCUGUCGCUCCAGGGACACUUUCUGCUGCGUCAAGAAGCCGCGCCGGCUGUCUCAACAGCGCGAAAACACGAGGGCGGCGGUCGCGGUGAAUCAUCUGCGCCUCGGCCGGAGUCGCGCGAGGAUCCAGAAGCCUAUCGGAGCCGUGGCGGAGAAACCAGCCCGCGGUUCUUCGUCACAGGGUUUCGAAAGAGCCUUCGAGCGUCUGAACUCGACCAGGAGCUCGAAGAGCUGCUCGAAGCCUUUGAGGGAAGAGAUACCGCACGGAAUCGAGAGUUAGAAGCCGUGGACUCGGCGCUCUGA